AUGUCUGAUCACAAUUGCGAGCUGCCGAAAUAUACGGAGAGGUUACGAGUGUCCUACUCGAUGAAGAAAGUGAAGAAAUAUACGUUUGGGGAAAGAUUUAAGUGUAUGUUCAAUAUAAGUAUGAACACACCGAAAUCGAGACUGUAUUUGGACAGUGUCGCGGCUGCGUUCGCAGAGGGAAGGAGGCCGUCUGGAUUCCAGUAUUGGUGGAUCAUUCAUCCUUUUAGCAGGUGGAGCUUCUAUUGGGAGAUAGUCAUGACGGUCGUGUUCAUGAUUUCUUUUCUAACGAUCCCGUUCUUAAUCAGCUACGUGGUGCUGAGCCACGACGAUAUUCUCAUGGAUAAAGUCAAUAUCGUAAUUUACGUUUUCUGCUGGGUGGACAUAAUUAUAAACUGCAACACCGGAUAUUACGAUAGGAAACUGGCGAACGUCGAAUUGCAGCCUGGGAAGAUAAUGAUACAAUAUCUGAAGACAUUUUUAAUCCCGGACAUUCUUUCCUCGUUGCCGUGGGACCACAUCACGCUGCCGUGGCGUUGUGUUCCUGGCGUGAAAGUCGAACGAGCGGUCGUUCUGGUGAACCUGCUACCUCUUCUGAAACUAUCGCGCUAUCGCUACGUGAACAGGCAAUUUUUCGAUUUUUUCAUGUAUCUCCAAGUGAUGCAUUUGUAUUACGAAUUGUUCAGCACGUUGAUGUUGGCCUUCUACAUAUUGUUCUGGUUCUCCUGUCUGAGCUAUUUGAUACCUGCUUUGUUCGUCCAUAUGACUGGCAUCGCACCUGAAAGCUCCCGGAUAACAGGAUUAGAGCAGAAGAGUAUACGGUUCAGGUUCCUGCACUCGUUGUUCAUGGUUGUCGAGAAAUUUUCAGCGAAUGGCUUCGGGAUGGAGCAAUCGACAUCGGAGGGACACCUUAUACUGAGUAGUGUUCUCAUGUUGGCGGGCAGGCUACUCGAUUGUUACAUCGUAGUAAUGUUGAUUCAAAUAAAAGCUGGCGCGAAACAGUCGAAAUCGAAGUUCCACGAGAUCAUGAACCAAGUGAUCGCUUACACGAUACAGAAACAGCUGCCGCCGCACAUGAAGAAUCGUCUUCUGACUUACUAUCAGCACCGUUUCAGAUACAGCUACUUCCGAGAAAAGACGAUUCUGGUGAAUCUAUCAGGUGGGACAGAUAAUCUCGAUUUCUGUGUUGUCGAUGGAGAAUCACAGAGUCUAAAAAAGAGUGUAAUUCCAGAGCAACUUCGUCAGGAGAUCGCGUUCCAAUCGAAUCAUCGGUUGGUCGAGAACGUGGCGAUUUUCAAGACGUUGCCGAAGUACAUCUUACGAUCGAUCGUGAAGAAUCUGAAGUUCGAGCUGUACUUGCCCAAUGACGUGAUCGUGAAGGCUGGCCCCACUGGGAAAGAGAUCUGUCACUUGGACGACGGAGCUCAUUUUGGCGAGGUGGCGUUAUUGGUGCCCGAUCAGAGACGAGUCGCCAGCGUGAUCGCGAUCGAGGUGUGCGAGGUAUACCGUCUGGAUCGGAAGGACUUUCGGAAAUCCGUCGCCGUACACUCGGAACUGUUCGCGAAAAUCGAAAGGAUCGCGACCCAGAGGAUCCAGAGAGCGAUGGAUAUCGAGGAACAGCACAAACGGUAUCUCUUGCGUAAUUCUUCGUACGAUGAGCGUCGACGGACUCUUAUGUGA